GCCCCACCUCUCUCCGGCAGUGGUGUACCUCUGUGGGCCACCAGAGAUGCUGCGGCAGAUCAUGCAGCUGGCACAGCAGGAGAACCUCACCAAUGGUGACUACGUCUUCUUCUACCUGGAUGUCUUUGGGGAGAGCCUGCGCGGCGACUCGGCCCGCGACGCCUUCAAGCCCUGGCAGCAGAGCCCGGGGCAGGACUCAGAGCUACGGGAGGCUUUCCAGAUGGUGCUCGUGAUCACCUACUACGAGCCCCAGAACCCGGAGUACCACCAGUUCCAAAGCCAGCUCAUCCUGCGGGCUAAGCAGAAGUUUGGGGUGCAGCUCAACUACUCCCUGAUGAACCUGGUGGCGGGGUGCUUCUAUGACGGGAUGCUGCUGUACGCCAUGGUGCUGAACGAGACCCUGCAGGAGGGCGGCUCCAAGAAGAACGCCACGCACAUCAUCGAGAAGAUGCGGGACCGCAAGUUCCAGGGGGUGACAGGGCUGGUGAGCAUGGACAGCAACAAUGACCGGGACACUGACUUCAACCUAUGGGCCAUGAGUGACACCAAGACUGGGCAGUAUGAGGUUGUGGGGCACUACUCAGGUGUGGAGAAGCAGAUCCACUGGCUGGGACGACCGAUCCCUUGGGUGAAGGGGGCUCCCCCCUUGGACAACCCACCCUGUGUCUUUGAUGUGGAUGACCCCUCCUGUGAUAAAACCCCACUCUCCAUGCUGGCCAUCGUGGCUUUGGGCACCGGCCUCACCUUUGUCAUGUUUGGCAUCUCCAGCUUCCUCAUCUUCAGGAAGCUGAUGCUGGAGAAGGAGCUUGCCAGCAUGCUGUGGAGGAUCCGCUGGGAUGAGCUGCAGUUCGGGAGCCCUGAGCGGUACCACAAGACAGCGGGCAGCCGGCUCACCCUGUCCCUGCGUGGCUCCAGCUACGGCUCCCUCAUGACCAGCCAUGGCAAGUACCAGAUCUUCGCCAACACCGGCCACUUCAAGGGCAACGUGGUGGCCAUCAAGCACAUCAACAAGAAGCGCAUAGAGCUGACGCGGCAGGUGCUCUUUGAGCUGAAACAUAUGCGGGACAUCCAAUUCAACCACCUUACCCGCUUCAUCGGGGCAUGCAUUGACCCCCCCAACAUCUGCAUCGUCACUGAGUACUGCCCGCGGGGCAGCCUGCAGGAUGUCCUGGAGAAUGAGAGCAUCAACUUGGACUGGAUGUUCCGCCACUCCCUCAUCAAUGACAUCGUCAAGGGGAUGGCCUUCCUGCACAACAGCAUCAUCGGCCACCACGGCAGCCUCAAGUCAUCCAACUGCGUGGUGGACAGCCGCUUCGUGCUGAAGAUCACCGACUACGGGCUGGCCAGCUUCCGCUCGCCCUGCGACGGCGAGGACACGCAUGCCCUCUAUGCCAAGAAGCUGUGGACAGCCCCGGAGCUGCUGCAGAAAGGGCGCCUGCCCACGCCGGGCAUGCAGAAAGCUGAUGUCUACAGCUUCGGCAUCAUCGUGCAGGAGGUUGCGCUGCGCAACGGCCCCUUCUACAUCGAGGGCAUGGACCUGAGCCCCAAAGAGAUCGUGCAGAAGGUGCGUAACAGCCAGAAGCCGUUCUUCCGGCCCUCCAUUGACAUCGGGGUGCACAGUGAGGAGCUGGCGGUGCUGAUGGAGCGCUGCUGGGCGCAGGACCCGGCCGAGCGCCCCGACUUCAGCCAGAUCAAGAUCUUCAUCCGCAGAUUCAACAAGGAGGGCAGCACCAGCAUCUUGGACAACCUGCUGUCACGCAUGGAGCAGUAUGCCAACAACCUGGAGAAGCUGGUGGAGGAGCGGACGCAGGCCUACCUGGAGGAGAAGCGCAAAGCGGAGAACCUCCUCUACCAGAUCCUGCCCCACUCUGUGGCGGAGCAGCUGAAGCGUGGGGAGACGGUGCGGGCUGAGGCUUUUGACAGUGUCACCAUCUACUUCAGUGACAUUGUGGGCUUCACUGCCCUCUCGGCAGAGAGCACCCCCAUGCAGGUUGUGACGCUGCUGAACGAUCUCUACACAUGCUUCGAUGCCAUUAUCGACAACUUUGACGUCUAUAAGGUGGAGACUAUUGGGGAUGCCUACAUGGUGGUGUCGGGGCUGCCGGUGCGCAACGGGAAGCUGCACGCCCGUGAGAUCGUCCGCAUGGCCCUGGCCCUGCUUGAGGCUGUCAAAACCUUCAAGAUCCGGCACCGUCCCAAUGACCAGCUGCGGCUGCGCAUCGGCGUGCACACCGGUCCGGUGUGUGCUGGGGUGGUGGGAUUGAAGAUGCCACGGUACUGCCUGUUUGGGGAUACAGUGAACACCGCAUCUCGCAUGGAGUCCAAUGGACAGGCCCUGAAGAUCCACGUAUCAUCCACUACCAAAGAGGUCCUGGAUGAGUUUGGCUGCUUCGAGCUGGAGCUGCGUGGGGAUGUGGAGAUGAAGGGCAAGGGGAAGAUGCGGACAUACUGGCUGCUGGGUGAGAGGAAAGACCCCAUCUGAGCCUGGUGGCAGUGGCAGAGCCCCAGCCCUGAUGGGGCAGCCAACAAUGCCCGGUGCCUGGACCCCUGGGAUGCACCGGCACCCUCCAUCACUGUAGCCCCUAUACACACACUGCAGCCCCCCUGCUUCAGCAGGGCUUGGGCACAGGGGGCCAGCGGCCACGGCAUUGCCUGGCCCCCUCCAUUGGCACCAGCAAAGACCAGUUCUCCCUGCAGCCUCUGCUGCCAUCCAGCCCGGGGGACCCUAUAUCCCUGCUUUCCCUUCCCUCUGCCCUAUGGCUCAGCUGGCUCUGAGCCUCUCCCGGGGCCUGGCUGCCCCGUAGGCACUUUGCCAUCUCUUUUCAGUACCUGGCCCCCCCGGCAGAAGUUGUGCCCAUGUCAACCCCUACCCGGGGAGGGGGAUACAGGGGCUCCUGCUGGGUAUGAUCCCUUGGCCAGGGCAUGCUUCAAUGCUGCGGCUCCCCCCCCUCCUUUCCCCAGUCUUCCCCUCCCCUGUAUAUAACCCCACCGGGUCAUGUAAAUACCCCCCCCCCCCCCCCCCCAGGUGUAAAUAUAGGAGUCGCUGCAAACUAUUUUGUGGAAAUACAAACUUCCCCAAA